AUGUCGGAAACCUCACAUCCAUCUCGCGAUCCAAAAAAUCUCAGCGAACCAUUCGCAGUCAUCGAAUUUCUCGAGAAAAACGAAAAAGGGCUACCAUGCAUUGAUUUGGUGCCGAAAAAAUGGUUUAAUAGUGCAGAAGAAGACACCUGUAAAUUCCCACCGACAACUGAAUAUCAUCUACUUGACGACUACUUGGAAAAAUUGCACUCGCCCAAGGACUCUUGGCAAAGUUAUCCAUUUUGCUUCAUCACCGGAGCAGCUGAUUUGGAUCAGGGUCGCAGAAGAUUAAAAAAGGCCCAAGUAACUCUCAACUGUGAGACAACCGAUGGUGAAAAUGAUCGAAAGGGGGGGAGGUCCGAAACUUCCUCGAAAGCAAAAAUUUCAGCAAAACCCUUAACUGCAUCAAAGUCUCAACUAAACAACAUCUUUAGUACUAAAAUCCCGAUUCCACCUAGAAAUCAAACUCCAAAGUCUGGUAUACAAGCAAAACCAAAGACAAGAUUUCAAAGCAUUUACCAGAGUGGAUCUGACUCUGAAGACGAAAAUCAUGAUUGUCUUAUAGCUAAUCCUGAGGAGAUUCGAGCCUCAAAGGCUCAAAAUAAUUCUGGCUUUUUGCAAAUGUCGAGUAAAUCGCGAUCUGUACCAACAGGUGCAUGUUUAUCAUUUAAACAGCGGUCAAGGAAGAAUAUUACUUUGCUUAAAGACGUCGAAACUGAUGAAUCUGAGAGCAAUGAUUCCUCCGAUGGAAUUCUGCAGUCACCUACAAAAUCGAUGGACUCAGCGAGAAAUACAAGAAAAGAACUUCAUUUGACACCUCCUUCACCACUAGUCCAUAACGCUUCAGGUAACCGAAAAAGGCGUGCAUCGUCUACUACACGCGCUGAAGACGGAUUGAAUUCGAUUGUGAGCCCAGGAACUCCAAAAACUUCACGAUCAAUGAUGGUACCCCUGCUAAGAUGCCAAAAAUGCUGGGACCACAAAACCAGUUGUCAUCUAGUCAUUAUGCUGAUAAUGAACGUCGAAUCCUGAACUCCCUUCGAGAUUACUUUGAUCAGCAAUUAGAUGAAAAGCUCGAAAAUUUAAGACGCAGGAUGGCUUACGAUUUAAAGCAGUCUAUGAAUGAGCUCAAGACCACAAUCAUUGGCACUAAUCUAGCCCCAGCUUCUGGUCCUAGCUUGCUUGAAAUACAGAAGCAGAUGUCUACGCCACUACCAUUUGAAAUGGAUGAUAAGUUCCAGGAAUACGAAGCGAUAUUGACAACGGACCCAAAUCUCGUAGAAACACUGGUAAUAUAUCUGAAAUUGAUCGUUUUUCUUCUUUUUUAUGUAAAAUCAAUAAAUUGGGCGGUGACACAUGCACUGGGUUCGUUUUCUGGUGAUGAAAAAAUCUUUCAUCACCGGGACUCAAGUCUACGUCACUGGAACG